AUGGCGGAAUCGCAAGAUGCGGCGCUCGAGGAGAUCCUCUGGCGGUCUCCCCCACACGUGCAGAUGAUGGGAGGCUACCUGCAUUCGAACAAUAUCCUAUUCUACUUCGCGGAAUCUCCAUUCUUCGACUCGACUUCGAACAAUGCCUCCCUAGCCAUCCAGGCCAGUUACAAUGAGACUUUCCGGCAUUUCGUCGAGACACGAGAAGCCUUCGAGGGGCGGUUGAAGACAAUGCAGGGGCUGGAGUUCAUCGUAUCGUAUGAUCCGCUACAAGCAGCUGCGCAGACGGACGGUACCUUUGCGCAUGAACCGUCCAAUAUCUGGGUAAUCAGGAAACAGAACCGGCGGAAGCGGCCAGGCAUGGACGAUGAGGUCAGAGUGCUCUCGACGUAUUUCAUAGUCGGUGACACUAUUUACAUGGCACCUUCGGUAGCAAGUGUGGUGGGGAAUCGACUGCUAUCGGCGGUGACGUCGCUGACAAAGUUAUUGAAUACCGCUUCUCCACUCCCGAUCUUCUCUGCCUCGUACGGACACACCUAUAUGCCUCCCCUCCCGAAAUCUACAGAUGCUGCGCAGCCGCAGCAGAGCAAGGAGAAUACCCCUAUGCCAGAUGCAAACGCUCAGAGCAAGGCAUCCUUGGCAGGACCGGCCAUGAGCGGCACCACAUGGGAGGAUACGCGUAACCUCAUGGAAUCAUUUUCUUUGCUUUCAAAAUAUGGUGAUGAAUACAUGGAUGAGAAUCCCCUCGCUGGUGAGCCUGGGAACUUCAUCUUGACGAGAUCAAGCGAUACGACAGCUGCUCGACAGCAGAACAAACCAGCUACUCCUGUUCCGGGGGCCAUUGGGAGAGUAGGGACACCAAGUUUCGGCAAGGCUGAUGCGGGUAAAGGCCCAAAGGCUGCAGAGAAAGAGAAAGAAAAGACGCCUAGCACGCCCGAUGGAGACAAUAAGUUGAAAAGGAAGAAGAGUAGAGUUGGGACUGUUGCCCCAUGA